GUCCCACACAGAUAAGCAAUGCACUUGCUAAUUUUAAAGCCAGAAUGGGAAGGAAGCGCGACAGCAAAGUUUCCGCCACACCAAACAUUGUGGAGGGAGGAAAAGAACAGAAAGCUCGUCUUGGAAAUAGCUUAGUGUUCGUCUGUCCGAUCGGAGUCGGGGUGGAAUCCAACACCGGCUCAUGGUGGAAUUAUGGCACAAAAUGAAACACAUCCCCUUUUGGAAAUACUAAAGUCGUUUAAUCUUGACAACAUGAUUUUAGCCUUCUGCUUGUCUGUGCUCGUGGGCCUGCUGCUCGGUGCUCUGGUCUACGUUCUGUUGACCUGGGCAUCCCGGCGCCAGGCCACCGCAAGGAUCACCAGGCGCUCCAAAAAGAGAUCCGGCGCUUCACAAACAGCCGCGAGCAACCAGCUGGGCCUUUACAGAAGCACCUUUCUGAGUGUCUACAGACAGCCGUCUCUGGAGCCAGUGGGCCCUCUGGGGAGCAAGCCGGGCGUGGAGAGCUCCACCUUUCGCCCCGUGCCCAAGAGGAGCAGGGCCGGCCUGGAGAUGGGAGAGGACACUCUGAUCACCAUGCCCGAGGACACUGCAGCUUCAAACUCGUCGGAUUCAGCGGCCCUUGUACCAAACAAGAGACAUUCCUUCUGGUUGGGCAGCAACGGACUGAAAGGAUUUCUGCCCUCGCAGACUUCCCCUCCUGCAUACGACAGCGUCAUCCGCGCUUUCGAAGAGACGUGCACUUGAAUCUCUCUGCGUAGGAAUACAAGAGAAACUGAAAAUAAGGGACAUCUUUCAGUGAUUACACAGGAGUUUGUGACUAAGCGCUGCUAUUUGUCAGAACAUUUACAAAAAGUUUUGUCACAGUUUUGAUGUACAACUAAUGAAAACUUUCACAAUUAAGAAUUCUUCAUGUUAGUUUAUCGCUCAAUGCUUUUGUUUUUAUCUCUGCAGAAUAUCUCAGAAUAGAGCCAAAAAUAACUUCUUAAGCCGUUUGGUCCUAAAGUACAACAAAAAAAGUAUUUAAUUUACAAUGAUGUAAAAUGCUCCAAAGAAUGAGUCAAGUGAUUGAUCAAUUAAUCGACUCAUCUUUGCAGUUCUAAUAUUCUGUAGUUUUUUGCAGAACAUCUCAUGACCAUGCAUACAUUGAAGAUAGCCUGAGGCAUUUUUAUCUGUUCACAUGAAGAAGAGAAAAGUGUUAUAUAUUAUCUAAUAUCACAAUAAAGAUUUAAUAUCCAUUCUA